AUUAUUGUUGAAAUUUGAAAAAAGCAAUCUAAAAGUUAAAAAAUAUAAGCUCUGGGCAGUAUGUAGGGGUGAGCCGUUUGGAAUUGAUUUUUUCUUCCUGUUUUUCUUUUCUUCGAUGCUGGGAAACCUCCUCCAUGUUUCUUGGCCCUCCCUACCAUGAUCGAGUAGUCGAGGUUCCAUGUCUGGCAAAUCUCUGGCAAUUGAUAAUUUUUUAUUCAACCUUAUCUUCAAUAAACCCCUAAUAAUCCUUCUCCUAAAAAACCUCAACUUCCUACUUUAAAACAACCUCAAACACCAGAAAUUAUUUUAUCUUCUGCCACCUGAAAUCCAGCUUCUUUAAAAUUUCGUAUGAGCCCUUAAACUGAGUUCUGAUAAAUCUGGGUGUAGAAUAAGAGGUUGACAAAGGUCAAAGAAACAAAAGUAUACCUUCGUUCAAAUGCUCUGCAGCCUUUUAUUUUGUAAAGCUAGAUACUAGAUGCUGCAAGUCAAGAUUGAAAGCAACUGGAAGCACCCUACAUAAGAAGCAAACAAAAGUAAUUAGGAUAAUAAUCAAUUAUAGUUUUGGAGAUCCAUGUGAAUUUUAAAAGUAGUUAUCUUUGCUCCAUCCUUUCAACCAAAUUUUAAAUUGGUGUAAAGUAAUCUGCUCAUACUCAUAUUUUAGCAUCAUUCUUCAGUUUUAACAUAUCAUUUGAAAGCACAAUAUGAAAAAGAAAAUAAUUGCAUGAUG